GCACUGACAGCGGGGGGCGGGAGCGGGAGCGGGGGGGAGAACCCGCCCGUCGCAGUGGCGUCACGAGGAAACCCCGCCCUCGCCGUAACGCGCUGCCUCACUGCAGCCAGUGCACAGACCAGGAAUCUCCGCGGGAAAUGGAGGAAGAGGAUGAGGACAGCACGGACUGGCAGUCAGGAGAUUGGGGUCCGGCCAGCCUGAGCGGGCCUAGUACACAACCUCAACGUAAAUACAGCUCCUCUAUAUAACACACAGUGUAACACAGCUCUUCUAACCUCUAUAUAACACACAGUGUGUAAUACAGCUCCUGUAACCUCUAUAUAACACACAGUGUGUAACACAGCUCCUGUAACCUCUAUAUAACACACAGUAACACAGCUCUUCUAACCUCUAUAUAACACACAGUGUGUAAUACAGCUCCUGUAACCUCUAUAUAACACACAGUGUGUAAUACAGCUCCUGUAACCUCUAUAUAACACACAGUGUGUAACACAGCUCCUGUAACCUCUAUAUAACACACAGUAACACAGCUCUUCUAACCUCUAUAUAACACACAGUGUGUAAUACAGCUCCUGUAACCUCUAUAUAACACACAGUGUGUAACACAGCUCCUGUAACCUCUAUAUAACACACAGUGUAACACAGCUCUUCUAACCUCUAUAUAACACACAGUGUGUAAUACAGCUCCUCUAACCGCUAUAUAACACACGGUGUGUAACACAGCUCCUCUAACCUUUAUAUAACACACAGUGUGUAACACAGCUCCUCUAACCUCUAUAUAACACACAGUGUGUAAUACAGCUCUUCUAACCUCUAUAUAACACAGUGUUUAAUACAGCUCCUCUAACCUCUAUAUAACACACAGUGUGUAACACAGCUCUUCUAACCUCUAUAUAACACACAGUGUGUAAUACAGCUCCUGUAACCUCUAUAUAACACAGUGUGUAACACAGCUCCUGUAACCUCUAUAUAACACACAGUAACACAGCUCUUCUAACCUCUAUAUAACACAGUGUGUAAUACAGCUCCUGUAACCUCUAUAUAACACACAGUGUGUAACACAGCUCCUGUAACCUCUAUAUAACACACAGUGUAACACAGCUCUUCUAACCUCUAUAUAACACACAGUGUGUAAUACAGCUCCUCUAACCUCUAUAUAACACACAGUGUGUAACACAGCUCCUCUAACCUCUAUAUAACACACAGUGUGUAACACAGCUCCUCUAACCUCUAUAUAACACACAGUGUGUAAUACAGCUCCUCUAACCUCUAUAUAACACACAGUGUGUAACACAGCUCCUCUAACCUCUAUAUAACACACAGUGUGUAACACAGCUCCUCUAACCUCUAUAUAACACACAGUGUGUAAUACAGCUCCUGUAACCUCUAUAUAACACACAUAACAGCUCCUCUAACCUCUAUAUAACACAGUGUGUAAUACAGCUCUUCUAACCUCUAUAUAACACACAGUGUUUAAUACAGCUCCUCUAACCUCUAUAUAACACACAGUGUGUAACACAGCUCCUCUAACCUCUAUAUAACACACAGUGUGUAACACAGCUCCUCUAACCUCUAUAUAACACACAGUGUGUAAUACAGCUCCUGUAACCUCUAUAUAACACAGUGUGUAACACAGCUCCUGUAACCUCUAUAUAACACACAGUAACACAGCUCUUCUAACCUCUAUAUAACACAGUGUGUAAUACAGCUCCUGUAACCUCUAUAUAACACACAGUGUGUAACACAGCUCCUGUAACCUCUAUAUAACACACAGUGUAACACAGCUCCUCUAACCUCUAUAUAACACACAGUGUGUAAUACAGCUCCUCUAACCUCUAUAUAACACACAGUGUGUAAUACAGCUCCUCUAACCUCUAUAUAACACACAGUGUGUAACACAGCUCCUCUAACCUCUAUAUAACACACAGUGUGUAAUACAGCUCCUCUAACCUCUAUAUAACACACAGUGUGUAACACAGCUCCUCUAACCUCUAUAUAACACACAGUGUGUAAUACAGCUCCUCUAACCUCUAUAUAACACAGUGUGUAAUACAGCUCCUCUAACCUCUAUAUAACACAGUGUGUAACACAGCUCCUCUAACCUCUAUAUAACACACAGUGUGUAACACAGCUCCUCUAACCUCUAUAUAACACACAGUGUGUAACACAGCUCCUCUAACCUCUAUAUAACACACAGUGUGUAACACAGCUCCUCUAACCUCUAUAUAACACACAGUGUGUAACACAGCUCCUCUAACCUCUAUAUAACACAGUGUAAUACAGCUCAUCUAACCUCUAUAUAACACACAGUGUAAUACAGCUCCUCUAACCUCUAUAUAACACACAGUGUAAUACAGCUCCUCUAACCUCUAUAUAACACACAGUGUAAUACAGCUCCUCUAACCUCUAUAUAACACACAUUGGGACACAGCUCCUCUAACCUGUACAUAACACAUGGUGUAAUAUACCUGCAUGAUGGUAAUCCCAUACAGCUAAUCUAACCUCUGGAAAACAUAUGGGAGCCUACUUUGUGAUCUAAUUACCACAUACCUUUCCAAUAUCUCUGUAUAACACACAUUUAAGUGUAAUAUGCUAUACAGAAUGUUUGGGGCAAGUUGACUAAAGCUUCCGUAGACAUCUGUGGAACACACUGUACUGUACAUAAUAUACUAUAAUAAAUAUGAGAAUAGAUGGGAAGGAUGUGCAUGCCACAAGCACAACUUGAACAAUAGCAGAAAUUACCCAUUUGUUGUCAGUCUUUUUGCUUUAGCAAUGUUUGCAAAUUGCUUCUACUAUAAGUACUAUGUGUACCAUAACCUGUGCAACAAGUGACCUUUUACAGAGUCUAUGUUUCAGAAACAGAAAGUUAAUACCAUACUUAUCAAUAUUUUUGUUUACCUGAUAUAGGUCAUGACAGCACUACAGAUGGGUAUAGCUCUUCCCAGUCCUCAGUAGGUCAGGAACAAUUCCUAAUUAUACAAUAAAAGACUCCUUCGCUUGCCCCAUCAGUCUUAGUCCAAAGCUACUAGCAGAAAAUCAAUUAAGGGCAGGACUGUAGUGCUGACAUGGCCUAUAACUGGAAACAAAAAUUUCGGUAAAUAUGGUAUACAUUUUCUGUUUCCCUGGAUAUAACCAUGGCAGCACUACAGAUUUAUUUAUAAAAUAUUUUACCAGGAAAGAUACAUUGGAAUUUAUCUCAUUUUCAAGUAUGUCCUGGGUCAUAUGGGUUAUGGAAAAAAACAAACAAAGAUUAAUGUAAAAGAAAAACAUUAAUUUACAAAAUUAACUAUAAGGCAGCAGAAAAACACUUCUAUCAAAUUCCGAGGUAGAAGACCUAGCUACGUUUAGCCGAUAAUGAUGGAUUAAUGUGGUAAAUGAGGACCAGGUUGCUGCUAAACAAAUGCAGUCAAGAGAAAUAUUGGCUGGAUCUGUCCAUUAGGUGGCCAAUGAUCUGGUGGAAUGAGCUCGAUGACCCACUGAAACGCCAGAAGGUUUGUAAACUUGAACAAUGCUUGAGAUUAUUCACCGGCCAAUAGAAGAAGUAAAAGCAACUUGACUCAUCUUGUUUCCUGAAGGAAUGAUGAAAAAGCUAGAUGUUUUCCUUCUGCCAGCAGUACGAUUUAGGUAAGCAUACAGACAACAAACCAGGUCUAGUCAAUGCCAUUUCUCUUCUUCCUCAGAUGAGGGAUGGGGGAAGAAGGCAGGCAAAGGAUGUCUUGGUUAAUAUGGAAGGAGGACACCACUUUAGGAUUAAAGACUGGAAUUUUAUGAAGUAUGACUCUAUUUUCGUGUAGGAUCAGAAAGGUCGACUUGCAUGAAAGAGCCCUAAGCUCUGAGAUCCUUCUUCCUGAAGUGCCACCAGUAGGACGGUUUUCACAGUCAAGGAUGAGAGAAAUCCUCUAAAGGUUCGAAUGGAGUACAAAACAAGGCCUGCAACACCAGAGGCAAGUCCCAUGAAGGAAAGCAAUACUUAAUUAGAGGGCAGAGUUUUAGAACCGCUUGAAAAACCCUGAUAAUAUCAGGAUCAAAAACCAGCUUAUGAUAUAAAAGAGCAGAUAGAGGUGAAAUCUGCACUUUAAAGGAACUGAGGCUAAAACCUUUUUCAAAUCCAUCUUGAAGGAUGUUACUGGUACUAGGAGACUGAGAAGGGGCCUCAUGAACAACACAUCAAUUACAGAAAAUGUCCCAUAUGCAGGAAAAGCCUGAAGAAGUCGACUCUUUUUUUGUUGUAUUGAGCAAGGUGUUGCUUACCGAUGCAGAAAAGCCUUUCUUUAAGGAGUCGUUGACUUUUAAAUUUCCAAGCCAUCCAUUUCAGAGAAUGGGGUGCAUGAUGAAAAACCGGGCCCUGGUGUAACAGAUGAUAAUGGCAUGACAGAUUCAGGAGGAGCCCUGAGAUAACUUCUGCAGCAGAGAAAGCCAAGGGUGUCUGGGCCAAUGUGGGAUAACUGCUAGAAUGGUAACUUGCUCCUGUUGGAUUCUCCUCAGUAGAGGGAAUAUCAGAGGGGUUAGGGGGAAAAUAUCUCAGUUGGAACUUUAACUCGCAACAUAAUGCAUCCCUGUUGAAAAGGCGUCAGGACGCCCAUGUGAAAAUUGGAAUGCGUUCCAACAUUGAAGCUGAACCAAAAAGGUAGAAAAAAAUACUGAACAAGACAAGAGUGGAAAAUAAAGAGGAGGCCCUCCAGCACCCCUGUAAGGGUCAAUAGUUUUUACCAACAGACCAUUGCUCUUUCAUUUCUCCCUUUCCUUAUCCAGAAUAGCCACCACAAGUGGGAAAGCUAGAAUACCCCAGGACUCCAAUCAGGUAUGUGUGCUCUGAACGAGAAUUAUCACCUCAGGGGGUCUAGCAUGUCCAGCUGUUACCUAAAGGAUCACUGCAGCGUAACUUCCCGGUGGAUAUGGGGAGAGUCCUCUAGGGCAAUGCUCCUCGGCCCUCUCCCCAAGGCACACCUAACAGUCCAGGAUUUAGGGAUUACCCUGGUGUGUCUAAGGAGUUUAGUUGUGGUGUUUUUUUUUUUUUUUUAAACACCUUAAACUCCAAGAUGUGUGUUUUUUCUUUUUUUCUUCUAAACACCUUAGACACACCUGGGUAAUCCCUAAAUCCUGGACUGUUAGGUGUGCCCUGAGGAGCACUGCUCUAGGGGGUUGCGCUUAGUGAGGUGCUGUGCUUGAGGUUUCCAUGGGGAGAAUGGCUGAACUCACCAUGGGCUGAGGUAAUCUUAGACCCGAGUAAGCCACAAAAGAGAGAAAAAAAAAUGGAGGUGCAAAAACAUCUUAUUUCUAAGUGUAGUGGUAAGGAAAAACGACUCUUAUUCUUUUAAAAAGAAGCUGUUCCUGUCCAGUUGAGGAGUGGGAGGAGCUGAUGAUUUUGAAAUUGGUUGUUAACCUUUUAAGCUUUAACCCCUUAAGGACCAAACUUCUGGAAUAACAGGGAAUCAUGUCAUGUGUCCUUAAGGGGUUAAACAUUUAAAGAGAAAUCUGUUUAUGGAAAAGUAUAUCCAUUUUGCCCUGAUAAGUGUCAAAUAUACCGCACGCUGAAAAGGUAAUCUGGUUAACCAGCCCACCAUAAGUAUAGCUUUACGAUCAACACAUAGGUCAGUCAUUUUCAUAUGCUGUCUUUGCAAAUAUAUUUUUAAGCAGCAAAUUAAUCUUAAAGAAACAAGUUUUUCCAUCGUGUUGUUAAAGGCUUGAUCUAAAACUUUUUAUUUAUUUAGUUCCCAGGAAUUCCGGAACUUCAUGCAAAGCUGGGAGCAGAGUUAUCAUACACAUAGACAUGGAUUGCUUCUAUGCCCAAGUUGAAAUGAUUCGAAAUCCACACUUGAAGACAAAACCUCUUGGUAAUGUGUCUAUUUUCCACCAGGCGAAAAUAAAAUGUAUGGUAGGAAUACAGUUCUGUAAUGCUGACAGGGUUAUUUACUAAAAUUCUCUUUCAACUAUGCUUCAGUGUUGGUCUAAAAUGUAAAUUUCACCUCUAAUUCUCACUUGAGUGCACAACCCUGGAAGUAAAUGAUUAUACUACACAGUGUGAAGAAUCUCCAAUAUAAUGUGUGAUUCCGUCUAUUUUGGAUGGAAAUGAUAACCUGAGACCACUGGGCGAACGCUUAGAAAAUAUACAGAUUCUGAUAGUCAUCUAGUGAUAUGUGCAGUUACGAACUGUCUGAAGUAUCUUGGCUAAUUCCUGGUUUAACACUGACCAGUGGGAGAAUUCCUCAUGUACGCGUACAGUGUUUCCGUAGUGGAGUCAUCUCCUUGUGAAAUGACUUAAGGGUGGAAACAGUGAGUGAUGAUCGCACAGGUGGGUGGUUUUGGUUUUUAUUUACUUGAACUUGCAUUACCGUUCAUUAAGAGACUAGGCCAGGCCUGAAAAACCUGUGGCCCCCCCAGAUGUUUUGAACUACAACUCCCAUGAUUCCAUGGCUAGCUGUUUCAUUUUAAAAAAAAACAUAGGCGUUGGCUUUUUCAUUCAAUGAAUCAUAGGGGUUGGCUAUUCGUUUAAUUCAAAGAAUCAUGGGAGUUAUAGUUCAAAACAUCUGGGGGUGCAGGCCUAGACUAGGCAAAUGGAAUAUUGAUUUAUAAAGCGCUAUGGAAUUUGUUGGUGCUAUAUAAAUAUAAUAAUUAUUGGUUGGGGAACAUUGAUAUCAUGUGAGUAAAACAAUUGAGAUGGCACUCACCAAACUGGAUUAGGACCACAUUAAUCGCUGUGCUUGAAGUUCCAGAGCGGCACACUCCAAUACAAUAAAAACAAAGGAAAAGAUUCAGCACCCACAAUGUCUCAGGACAGCUCUUUAUUAUGAACCCACAAACAAAGCUUCAGUACAGACAAUGCGGGGCUGAAACCUUGUUUAUGGUUUCCUAAUAAAGAGCUGUCCUGGGACAUUGUGAAUGCCAGAUCUUUUCGAUUGUAUGGUUUUUGUGUGAGGCUCGUACAAUGUUGCUUUCACCCUUACAUUUUGGAAGAAAUGACAGCUGUGGAAUUUGGAUAAUUUUUUUUUUUACUGAAGCAACUGUUUAAAAAUGAAUCGUUUAUAAUGACUUGAAAAUUACUUAUUGUUUGGGGUGUUUGUUUUUUUUUUUUUGUAUUUAUUUUCAGGAGUUCAACAGAAAAACAUUGUGGUUACUUGCAAUUACGAAGCCAGGAGCCUGGGUGUUCAUAAACUGAUGUUAGUCAGAGAAGCAAAGGAUAAGUGUCCACAGUUAGUGCUGGUUAGUGGUGAGGAUCUGACUCACUACCGAGAAAUGUCUUACAAGGCUACAGGUACUUAGUAAUAUUUUGAAAUUGUGUGUUUGAAAAAGAAUUUACAGGGAAAUGACAUUUCAGAUUAUGGCACUUGCUGAAAAAAUUUAAAUGUAAAAUAUUUUCUUUUUAUUGAUAUUGCAACGAAAAUGACACUGAAAUAAAUAGCAGGAAGAAUAUAAUAAUCAAUUAGAUGGCACCAUCUCUUUGUAGAAUAGGACCAUGAUUUAAUACCUUUUUUUUUUUUUUUUUUUAUUUUAUGUAUAACGAGACCCUCUUGUUGGCUAUAAAAAAAAUCAUAUGUGAUCGGUUUAUAACAAUCACAACUUUUGGAAUGGGAAUAAGUAAGACAGGCAUUCAUACAGAGAAGCAGAAAUAUUGAUUCAAAACCAGUUUAUACUAAAGAAAAGCAAAAUCAAAUCAUGAAUGCACAUGAAUUUGGAUUGCCAGUAUUUAUGUAAUUUUGCACUCUCCCAUCCAUAACACUAUCUUUUGUUUUGGAAAAAGUAAACACUGAAAAAUAUGAGCAUUAUAUUAUUGGCUUCAAAUCGAUUUGAAACAUGUCAUAUAUUUUCAAAAUUCAGCCUUUAAAGGAUCACUAUUGGGUCAGGAACACAAACAUGUAUUCCUGACCCUAUAGUGUUAACACCACCAUCUAGGCCCCUCAUGCCUCCAUAAAUAUAGUAAAAAUCUUACUGUAUUCAAACCAGAAGCUGUAAAUCUGCAUGCUGUUAGACCAGGCCCGGACUGGCCAUCGGGCACACUGGGCAAAUGCCCGGUGGGCCGCGGUGGCCAUGGGCCAAGGCCGGCAGGGGAGGUUACAGGAUCUCCUUCCGGUCUAUGCAGGGCCGGCACUAUCCGAGCGCUGCCCCCGCUGUUUGCCAUGACGGAUCAAAGAUCUCCCUCACCGGCCCACUUAAAUAGACCUGCAGCUGGGGAGGGAGAGGAGAACCUGGCGGAGCUCUAUCUUGCAGCUCCUCCGGGUUCCUCUCGCGAUAUCGGGAGCGUUUUACUCCGCCGAUCUCGCGAGAGUGAACUCUAGCCCACAGGACCACCAGGGAUGGUGUGAGAGUGCCGCUUAGUUAUUUUUCAUUUCCCCCCCCCCCCAACACAUAAUCCCUUCUAACAUUUAUACACAGCACUAUCGCCCACAGCACUCUCGCCCACAGCACUCUCGCCCACAGCACUCUCGCCCACUCGGCACUCUCGCCCACUCGGCACUCUCGCCCACUCGGCACUCUCGCCCACUCGGCACUCUCGCCCACUCGGCACUCUCGUACACAUCAUACACAGCACUCUCACACACACCGCACUCUCACACACACCGCACCCUCACACACACCGCACCCUCACACACACCGCACCCUCACACACACCGCACCCUCACACACACCGCACCCUCACACACAGCAUCCAUUACACACACACAUACUGCACCCCUCACAUACACACUACACCCCUCACAUACACACAGAAGCCCCCGACACACUGCAACACACACACACACACACAAUAUUUCCAAACAUAUUUAUAUAAUAUAUAUAUACACACACUACACUCCUAACAUACACACUAAAUUCCUUGUAAGCAAACACAUACUACACCCCUAAACACACACUCUCUACAAACACUACAUCACCUAUACACACACACACACACACACACACUAUAGCCUGUAUGCACACUCUUGCUACAUCCCCUAUACACACAUUCUCUACAGCCCCUAGCCACAUAUGCAUUACAUUACGCCACAAACACAACACGACUAAAACCGACCUUAUUACACAAUACCACACCACAAUCAGCUCACUCUACACACACGCAAUACCACAAGCAGGCUUGAAACACAUGCACAAUACUCUUUCCUGGCAUUUUUGUCUCCUGGUGUCACCAGAGACAAGUUGCAAGGAAACACAGUGCAAGCAUGUUAUUAAAUUUGCUUGUGCUGUGCAGAACAAAUGCAGGGCUUUUUUCUCAUGCUAGAGCUCUUCGGCAGAGCACUGCGCAUGGUCUGCCCUGGAAGAGCAUUGAACCAACAUGCUCACUUUGAGAGGGGGCGUGUUUGUCAUUAGUGAUACAAAACACACCCUCUCUGCCCCGCCCCCCUUCUUAAUGGGCCGCUGUGAUAAAAAAAAAUGCCCGGGCGAAUUUUUUUUUCCCAGUCCGGCCCUGUGUUACUCAGGAAAAACAAGCAGUCUGCUGACAUAUGGUAUCCUGAUCCAAUCACAGUGCUUCCCCAUAGGAUUGGCUGAGACAGACAAAGAGGCAGAUCAGGGGCAGAGCCAGCAUGAUUCAAACACAGUCCUGGUCAAUCAGCAUCUCCUCAUAGAGAUGAAUUGAAUCAAUGAAUCUCUAUGAGGAAAGUUCAGUGUCUGCAUGCAGAGGGAGGAGAUACUGAAUCACAGGAUGCUGUGUACAGUGCUGCCCUGUGCUCUGCUGACAGCAGAUCUGAGUGGAUGGAGGCAUAUUAUGCCUCCAUCAACUCCGAAGUCCCUCUGGUUCACACUGAGUGACUGCAACUUCUCAGAAAAUACAGUGUUUACACGAGAGGCUGCAGGGAGCUAUAGUUCUCACCUGAACAACCUCAUUAAGCUGAAGUUGUUCAGGUGACUAUAGUGUCCCUUUAAGCUUUUUUAAUAAAUAUAUAUCACCUAAAGUCCUUGUAUAUGUUAAAUCCAUUAAAGGGACACUAUACGGAAUGCUUUUUAGCCUGUCACAGCUUCCCUUUGCAGGUAUGAAUUUGGAUGGCAAAGGAAGACUGUAAUCUCUGCUUUAAUGAUACCUCCAAUACAGACUAGCUUGGUGGUGUCCAGUGAAUAUCAUACAAUGUCAAGCUACUUGAAAUUGGUUUAACACUGAAUGGAAGGACAGCACCAGAGUACUCCAUGCACUAUAAUUAAUUCAAUGAGAUGAAAUGACUAUAGUGCCUACAGCAGGGGUAGGCGACUUUUAGAACUUCAGAUGUUGUGUAUUACAUCUCCCAUAAUGCUGGCAAGCAUCAGGGGAAGUGUACUCCACAACAUCUGGAGUGUCGAAGGUUGCUACUGCUGAACUACAGUGUCCCUUUAAAUCCUUUUGCAGUAUUCAAUGAGUUGAAAUAAAAACACACUUCCCUCCACCACCUGAAACAUUUAGUGGGUUCUUCCAUUUUGACGAUCAUGUUCCCAUACAAUCUUUUUGGUACCCAGCUGUAUAAUCUAUUUAAGUUGGGGGUAAAAACACAACUAACAUUAUUUUUCUGUUUGAAUCAAUAUAUAUAUUCUUCUCAAACAAAACUGUGUUUCUCUUUAAAUAAGUUUGUCAGACAUAACUUCUACAAGUUGCCCAAAUAGGAACGAGAGCUAAAGAAAGGCAGAAAGCAAUCCUUUUAAAAAGAUCAUCCGUAGUUCUUCCUUUCACAAAUUCAUCAAAAUCCUCGGUUUAGUUUCAGUGAAUCAUGAUACCGAAGGAACUAAACAAUAAUUCAUUUUACUGAUGACAGUGGCGUUUUGCUCGACUGCUUUUGUUGAUAACAUCAUACUUUCUUCCAGAACUGUUGGAGGAGUUCAGCACAAGGGUGGAAAGGCUUGGAUUUGAUGAAAACUUCAUUGAUGUCACAGAACUGGUAGAUAAAAAAUUGCACAAGUUGCAACAGAAUGAUAGCAAUCUAGAGGUCUCUGUGUCUGGUCAUGUGUACAACAAUCAGCGUAAGUUUUUAUAUACUUUUUUUUAUUUUUUUUUAUUUUGUUUGUGACUUUCUUUUCCACUUGAAAGAAUUACUGGGUGAAUUAAUUGUUUGUCAUUGUAACUAUUUCUCAUCCUGCAAAUAAUGUUGACAUCAUUUAAAAUAAAAAACAAGAUUUCUUUUCUGUACAAUGCUAUUUUAUUCUUUUUUAUUUUAUUUGUAAUCUCAAUGUUAUUUGAGGUUUAUUCCUUACAAACAAAAAUGCAAUGCUAGCUUUGUCUUCUCAACAAAACAAAAACUCUGUGUUUUUUUUUGUUUUCGUCUGUUACAACCAUACAAAAUUGAUUCUGAAGUAUUAAAAAAAUGUUUAUUUUUGGUUUUUAAAUUCAGAAGCAUUUUGACAUGAACUCGGGUUCACACAUAGCCCAUCUACCCGCUGCUGUAACUGGUAAUAUUUUACAGGGUUGUUUGCUAAACUCCACAUUUUUGUGAAUUCAUUUUAAAUGCCAAAACUGAGGCAAGAAUAGUCCAGCUCUGAGAGUUGGAUAAUUAUUCCAGAUGAGCUACCUGUAUCUCAAUUUUGCCAUUUAGAAUUAAUUUGAAGUUUAGUGAAAAAAAACUCUAAGUUGCACUUCCUCACUAUCAAUAGGAAUUAAAGUAGGAAUGCGAUUGUAUAAUUUGAGGCUUAGGUAACUUUGUGUGCAGAACAUGCAAGCACUUCAUUUGUAGUAUAUUCCUCUUAAUUGUUUAGUGAUGAGGUCACUUUAGAAAUAAAAGUGAAAAUUAGAAUAAAAUUUAAUUUGUGCAUUUGCUAGCAAAUUUGGCCAACACCAUGUAUAGAUUAAUUUUGUAAAUGGUGCCACUAUGCCAUGUUACCCCUGCGGGCGUUUGUGCCUGCUAGCUUUUACUCAUAUUUACUUAAUUCCUCAAUCAAUGAAUGCUGACAUAGUAGGCAUUGACUAUGCCAAUGAUCAUAAUAAUCCUUUAUAAUAAAAAUGCAAAAUUAACUGGAAACAAACAAAUUAUCUGCUUUAAUAUUGGGGUUUAUUGAAGUCCCCCUGUGUUUGACAAUAAUUAUGCCUGUUUUCAAAGCUGUGAAUCUGGAAGAUGUAACUCACCUGCGGCUAGCUGCUGGAUCUCACAUUGCAGCUGACAUGCGAGCAGCACUGUUUGCAAGGUUGAGCCUUACUGGAUGUGCAGGAGUUGCAUCCAACAAACUAUUUUCCAAGCUGGUUUCCGGAACAUUUAAACCAAAUCAGCAAACCGUUUUGCUUCCAGAAAGUUCCAUUCAUCUCAUGAACAGCCUUGGCCAUGUGAUGAAAGUUCCAGGUAACUUGGUGUCCAGAUUCUGAACACUAAACAAACCAGUUUAUUUAUUUUUUUAAAUUCUUUAUUUUUUGCAACGGUAUUGAGUAGACAAUGUGAAAGAUUUGGCUCGUGCAAGAGCUCAAUGGCGUUCCAAGAGGUGAGUUUAGUACACAAACAUGCCAAAGUACAUGUGAGAAAUGAAAAAGUAAGAAAUAACUAAACUGCGGGCUGGGAUACCGGUUGUCUCGGCCCAACGAUGGUGGUCAAGGUGGGGGGGGAGGGGGUCAUACUUCAGUCCGUUGUUCGUGUUUGCGUCUCCUUUCUGCUAUUUGGUCUUUAUUGGUCACUGUAGGUCUCCCACGGUUCCCACGUCUUAUUGAAAGCUUUGGUUGUGCCCCUAACUUGGGCCGUGAGUUUGUCCAUAAGAUGGCAUUCUUUAAUCUUCUUGAUCGCUAUUGCUACUGGGGGGAUGUCUUGUUGUAACCAGGUUUGGGCUACUGCUCUUCUGGCCGCUAAGGUUAUUUUGUUAAAUAGUUGUUGGUUUGGUUUGGGCCAAUCCUCCUAGGGUCUGGCCAACAGGAACGCCCAUGGGUUAAGUGUCACUGGUCUAUCCAAUAUUUGGGUUAUUAGGGUUUGAAUGGCCUUCCAGUAGAUUUGAAUUUUAGGGCAGUGCCACCACAUAUGGGUAUAUGUCCCUUUCUCUCCGCAGUUGCGCCAGCGGUCUGUGGGUGUUUUUUUCAUAUGGUACAAUUGAACAGGGGUGGUAUACCACCUGAACAUCGUUUUGUACGACUGUUCUUGCAUUGUGACGCAAAUGGAAGUUUUGGCGUUUGCCUCCCAUAUGUCCUGCCAGUCUAUGCCUUCUAAGGUUUCCCCAAGAUCGGUUUCCCACUUGUCAGUGUAGUGGAGGGCGCCCCAUUCCCGCGUGGUGGAGCAGAGGUGGGAGUAUAGGAGGGAGAUCAUUCCCUUUUGGUAGUGUUCGGCCAGGCAUAUUUUUUCAAAGAAUGUCGGUUUAGUUUUGGCAGCUGUUUUAACAGACUCUUGGGUAGCAUAGUGUCUUAGCUGGAGGUACCUAAAGAAAUCUGCAGGGGUCAGGGUUGUUCUGGUUUGUAAUUCCGCGAAAGGGAUUAUUUCGUGUCCUGCGUAGAGUUGGUGAACUCUUUGUAGGUCCGCUCUUUCUAAGCCCCUGAAGUCUCUAGGUCUCAUGCCCGGAACAAAUGCCCUAUUUCGAUAUAUGGGGGUGUGGGGGGAGGACGUUGUUGUUAGUUCAUAUUUUAUGGCAUAUUUGUCCCAUAUGUGGAUCGAAUUCGUGAUAGCUGGGCAGGCGGUCCUCGAGUGCUCUGUCCUCUUUCGGGGUCCAUAUGUAGAACUGUGGAAGGUCUGAUUUCAUAAUCAGAGAUUCCAGGUCAACCCAUCUCCUGGUUUCCGGAGGGGUAUGCCACAUUGCUAUUUGUGUCAAGUGGGCUGCAAUGUAGUAGAAAUGUAUGCGUGGUAGGCCUAAGCCCCCUCUGGUUUUGGGGCGGUAUAGAAUGUUACGGGCUACUCUGUCUUUUGUUGUGCCAAAUAAAGCGGUCAAUGGCCUGCUGUAAUGGCUUUAGGUCGUGUUUUGUUAUGGGGAUGGGCAAGGCCUGGAAUAAGAAGAGGAUACGGGGUAGGAUGUUCAUCUUCACCGAGUGUAUCCUCCCGAUCCAAGAUAUAGGUUUGUCCGCCCAGGUCUCCAUGUCAGUUAUGAGUUUAGUGAUUAUUGGGGAGUAGUUUAGUUUGUGUAGCUUCGUGAGAUCCGCCGGCAGUUUUAUGCCGAGGUAGGAGAGGUAGGUCGAUGACAUGCGUAUGUGGUAGUCUGACGUGAUUCGGGUGGUUUCAUUUUGUGUGAGAAAUAGUGGGAGCGCGCUGGAUUUCUCCAUAUUGACUUUGUAGCCUGAUAUUGCACUAUAGUUCCGCAAGAGGGGCAUUAGUGCGUGAAUGGGGUUAGUUAAUGUGAUGAGGACGUCGUCCGCAUAUCCGGACACCAGGAACUCUUGGUCGGUUAUCUUUGCCCCCGUAAUUUCGGGGUGUUCUCUGAUUGCCUGUAGAAGGGGUUCAAGUGUUAGUACAAAAAGCAACGGGGAUAGGGGGGAUCCUUGUCUAGUACCGUUAUAUAUGUUGAAUCGUGGGCUGUUCGACCCAGUCAGCUGUAUUUGGGCUGUCACGUCCGUGUAUAGUGCCCGUACUGCCGUGAUGAAGGUGGGGGGUAUGUUUAAGUGUUCCAGCAGCGUAAACAUGUGUGGCCAGUUCACCCUGUCGAACGCUUUUUCAGCGUCUAGGGAAAGGGCUAUCGCUGGUGUUUUGGUUGUAGUGAGUGUCCAUAUUACGUCUAUAUUUCAUCUUGUAUUUUCAAAUAGCUGUCUGCCGGGAACGAACCCGACCUGGUCUGCGUGAAUGAGGUGUGUGAGGUGCAGGUUUAGUCGAGGCGCCAGAAUUUUACUGUCAUGGUUUAUUAGUGAAAUGGGUCUGAAUGCCUCUGGUAGAGUGUGGUCCUUGUCUGGUUUAGGUAGGAGUAUGAUGUGUGCUUGUGUCAUGUCUUUGGUAGGCGGGGUUUCCUCAAGUAAUUUGCGGAAUAGGGUUUCCAUGUGUGGGAGCAAUUCUUCGCGAAAGGUUUUGUAAUAGCUUCCCUCGUAGCCGUCAGCGCCCGAGGCUUUGUUGCUCUUUAGGGAUGAUAUGGCCAGAUUGAUUUCGUCUUUGGUGAUUGGGGCUGAUAGUUCCUCUAUGGCUGCAGUAUGGAGUUUGGGUAGGUUGAGGCGUGUUAAGAAUUCUGAUGUUCUCUGGCAGGCCGCUGGAGUGGGUGUAGAGCCUUGGGGGGGGGUGUGGUUGUAUAGGGCUUCAUAAUAGGAGAUAAAGGUCUGCGGCAAACCAGUUUAAAAACAAUAAAAUGCCAUAAAAUUAAAGGGCUUUACUAUUUAUUUCUAUAACCUCACAAUGAAAUUUUUUUUUUAGAAAAUCUGUGUUUCCAUAACGUUUUAAAAAUUGUUUCUUAAACAGGCAUUGGUUACAGAACAGCCCAGCGUCUUGAAUCUUUGAACCUUAGCAACAUAUGUGACUUACAGAACUGUCACUUGUCAAUACUUGAGAAGGCUUUUGGAAGAUCGGCAGCCCUCAAGAUGCAGAUGCUUAGUAAAGGAGAAGAUGAAUCACCUGUAACCCCAUCUGGACCUCCCCAGGUAUGUAAGGCUCAAUACAUAUCAUAAUGGGCCAUAUUAUAUAUACUUUUGAUAUGUUAUUACUCUUAUUGCUAAUAUACUUUAAGUUUAAAAGGUUAACCCCAGUUGAAGCAGCAAAUUCCAUAAUUCUGUACUAUAGAAAAGGGACAGCAAAACAUUCUAAGAAAUGUAAGAACACAUGGAUAAAUUCAUAUUGAUUUAAAAGGGUUUAAGGACCUCAGUCUAUUAUCCAUGAACCCAUUGAAAGCACGCUGUCACUUCUCUGGAAUUUGCCCUGUUGAAUAAAACAAUGAAAAUCACCUAUAGCUUUUAGUGCAAAAUCUAAUAAAACUAAGAAAGCGCUAAAAAAUAACAGUAUUAAAUAAUUAAAACCCCUUCAGCCACUUACCUUUCUCCAGCGCCGGGCUCCCUCUGUGCUGGGGAACUCUCCAACCCCUGCCGACGUCGGAUCCGAAUGCGCAUAUUCAAACCGCCCAUAGGAAAGGCGUCUUCUCCAGCGUCAGUGAGACGGCCACUAGAGGCUGGAUUAACCCUCAGUGAAACAUGGCAGUUCAGCUGCAGGAUUAAAACUAGAGGGAACUGGCAACCAGACCACUUCACUGAGCUGAAGUUGUCUGGUUACCUAUAAUGGUACUUUAAUAAAUGUUACAGUAUCACACUGUUGCCGUUUCCUUGUAAUUUUUAAGGUUACAUCUGAAACUGACUCAGGAGUGGAUACAUUUUAUGCUGUUUUGGAUCCUCGAUACUGUUGGUUAAUUACAUCAUUCUAGACUAUUCACCCUGUAUUGGAUUUUGGACUUUUCAUAUUAUGGUAUCCCAAAGUAUAUCUUAUUAGGGAUAGACCCAUUAAGUGCUGCCACUUUUUAUGUUCACCUAUAACUUUUUUAAAAUUAUUAUUAUAUAUCAAUCUUUAUUUAGAUUUUCUACAUAUGUAUAGAUCACAUAAGACAACAUACAUAUGAUGUACAGAAAGUAAACAAAGCCCCUAAAGACAAGUGACAAUGUUAAUAUGCAUGCCGUUAUCCCCAUAUAAAGAUAUUUAAAUAAACAGUAAUUCAAGAGAGAGCAUGGAAAGUCACUUCUAAUAAUUUAGCUUAAAGGUAUAACAUUCUUUAAUCACAAGUACAUCUUGGGGUGCAUCGUGGCAAAAAAAAAAAAAAAAAUGGUUUAAAAGUAUUACUGCCAGAGGCCGAUUGGCAAAGGGAGGGGAGACCUAUAACUUUUGUUAAUCUUUUUUUUCAUGAGCUGAUCUGUCAUCUUUUAAAUUUAUAUAGAUGUAUCAAACUACAUCACAAUCCAGUUCAGUCCUGGCACAGUCAGGACAAACAUUGAAAGUUAGAGGAGAAGAAAUAUAAAUAUUAUUUAAUGUAUCCUCUUCUCUGUAUGCUUUAUCUAUGCUGAUUGUCAGGUGUAAAAGAACAACUUAUAAUAAUGAUUCACAGGAAGCUAAGAUGGAGGCGCCCAGCUGCAGGAUUAAGAGUGGUGGAUUUCUACAUUUAAUUUUAAUUUUCACGCAUAUGUGGUAAAUAUCUAGAACAAGCAUAGGCAACCUUAGGCAUUCCAGAUGUUUUGAACUACACCUCCCAUGAUGCUUUGCACGCAUUUUGGGGGAUGUAGUCCAAAACAUACGGAGUGCCGAAGGUUGCCUAUCCCUGACCUAGAAUAAUUAAACAUAAUGUUAAAAACCCUGGGAAGUAACCAAUUCCCUUUAAGAGGGUCUUGGUGCCACUGUUAGAAAUUUUAAUUUGUUUUGUCAUUUACUUUUUUUUUUUCAGGUAAAAGCAUGGCAGUCUUAUUAUAUGUUAGAGAAUGGGCCGUAUAUAUGCACACACAUAAACAAUUCCUCAUUUUUGAAUUUUUUUUUUUUAAACAGUCUUUAAGUGAUGAAGAUUCCUUUAAAAAAUGUUCAACCGUAUUAGAAGUAAAAGAGAAAAUGAACGAGCUACUUAACAAUCUUUUAAACCGGUGAGUAGAAAAAAAAAAACAUAAACAAGAGUGGCAUGUCAUUCUGCUUUGUCAAGGUGUAAAGCUUUUAAACACUUUGGCUCAAACAUUAGCAAUGUUACUCUGACAUAGGCUUCAAAAUCCCCUGAGUAAGUAUACACAAGUGCAAAGUAAAAGUUGUCUAACAAAGGCUAAACUUGGAUAAAUCUUUGAAAUAAUAUAUAACUUUUAAUAUUUGUUUAUAUACUCAUCAGCUCCAUUGGCUUCCAUUAUCAUUUCUAUGCAGAUGACACGCAAACCUACCUGUCCUCUCCUGAUCUCUCUCCUCCCAUCUUGACUCGUGUCUCUGACUGCCUCUAUGUGACUUCCGACUGGAUGGCUGCUCACUUCCUUAAACUCAACCUGUCCAAAACAGAACUUCUGUUCUUUCCUCCCUCAAGUGUAUAGCCACUCCCAUGUCUGUCUCCCUCCAAGUCAACGGCGCCACCAUCACCUCUACCUUGCAGGCUCGCUGCCUAGGUGUUUUCUUUGACUCCGACCUUUCCUUCACGCCUCAUGUCCAGUCAAUUGCCAAAUCCUGCCGCUUCCAUUUCAAAAACAUAGCUCGCAUCCGCUAUUAUUUAACACCAGACGCGACUAAGGUGCUGGUCCAUGCCGUUGUUCUUUCCCGUCUUAACUACUGCAACCCCCUUCUCAGUGAUCUUACGUGUUUCCAGAUUGCACCGCUCCAAUCUAUUAUGAACGCAGCGGCAAGGCUCAUUUUCCUGUCCACCCGCACCUCCCCCCUCUGUCAGUCCCUACAUUGUCUUCCAUUUAGAUAUAGGGCUCAAUUUAAGAUUCUGGUGCUUGCUUACAAGUCCCUACAUAAUGCUGCUCCAACCUACCUAUCCUCCCUAAUUCAGAAGUAUGUCCCGUCGAGGCCUUUGUGCUCUGCCGAAAACCUACGUCUGUCCGUACUCCCACAUCUGAUGCUCGCCUCCAGGGCUGUACCUUUUCUGUGGAACUCCCUUCCUUUCUACGUUAGACUUUCACCCAGUCUCCACUCCUUCAAAAAAUCUUUGAAAACACACUUCUUCAGGAAAGCAUAUCAUUUAAACUUUUAGCAAACUUUCAUUCCUCUUCCCACAUGACUCCUCUUAUGCAACUGUCAAAAAUAACCUAAGUUUCCAGUGAAUACUUUUCUAGCAACCUAUUUCAUUACCCCUACUUACACCCUUUGUGUCACUAUACCCCACUCCAUCUAGCAUGUAACCUCAUUAAGCAGGGCCCUCAACCCCUCUGUUCCUGUCCAACUCAUCUGGUUACAAUUACAUGUCUGUUAGUCCACCCACCACAAUUACAUGUCUGUUAGUCCACCCAUUGUACAGCGCUAUGGAAUUUUGCUCGUGCUUUAUAAAUAAUUUUGAAAAAAAUUAUAUUUGUUUUGAAAAAACAUUAUUGUACAAGUUUAUCCCAAAAAUAUUAACUCAUUUGAAAAGCUUAUCCAGCAAUCUAAAAUUGAGGUCAAAGUGCCACAGUAUUCUGAGUUUGUAUCCUUUUACUCAAAACAAUACCAAGCAAUAAACAAAAUGAGUAUACCGUGUACUCUCACUCCUAAUACCAUAUGGUAAACUAUUAGACCAACCUGCAAACCUCAAACUGUGCAUAGUAUGAGGCUGUAAUAGACUUGUGAUACAAAUAGGCCAGUUCAAUGAAUACCACUCACAUAAUGCCAAGCUGUCACCAGGUUCUGUAUAAAUUGCUCAGUGUGCCCAUCAACAGGGUAAGCUUAAUGAACGUCUUCCUUUGUAUCUGGAGAAAAUAUUAACCAGGACCAAAAGGUCAGACAUUUGUUAAAGGAUCACUCUAACAUUUUGAAAAUAGUAUAUCGUUAUUAACAUUAAUGUUCAUUUUAAAGGGACACUUCAAGCACCAUAGCUACUUCAGCAGAUUGUAGUAGUGUUGAUGCAUGGAGUGUACCAUUAACUGUUCAGGGUCUCUCCUUUUUGGAUUGCAUAAAUAAUGAUAAUGUACCUUGAUUCCAGCACCAUCUCAAUCCUACUUCGGCAGCUUCUCUGCCCACUGUGAGAUUAUCGGUUCAAUAGCUUUUGAUACAGAAGCAUUGAGACACUAAGAUACAUGUAGCAGUUACUGCGUUCUUUAAAUCCAGUUCUUCUUAUAGUCAAGCAUUAUUUGAUUGACAGCCACUUGAAGCACAUUGACUGACAAAUGUAAACAAUACCAUUUCUUAGAGUGCACGGUCAGGGUUUUGUUUACCAAAAUAAACUACAUUGAGAUGUAGUGUUUUUGGUUCUUCAAAUGUUCCUUUGAACUAGCCACACCGAAUAAAACUACAAACAGUAAUGGUGAGUAGCCUGAAUAUGAGAAUACACACAAACAGGCCUUUAAUUAACAUGGUUAUGUUCCACUUCUCAUUACAUGAAGAGUCAAAAUAUUUUUUUCCCUUCAGAUUAGAAGCAGUGCUUUACAACUGGGAUUCCAUCACCUGGAGGGAAAAAACAGGCAGGCAAUCUCCCAAACUUUUCAAGAAGACGAUGGUGCGCUUUUGGGCACUAGCUGGGAAGUCCUGGAGGUGGAAUACUCGUACAGGUUAUGUUUAUUUCCACCGCAGGACAUGCGUAAUGCGAUUUAAAAUUCAGGCGCAAUAUCUUUAUUUUUUCUCUCCGGGUCAAGAUGUUGGUUUCCAGGACUUAGAGAGGCUGUUUACCCAGCAGCAACUAACUGUUGCCAGGUGCACUCAGAAUCUGUUGCAAGUGUGUUCUCACCAACCUGCAGCACACUCUGAGAACAUUUAAGGUAAGCCUUUUUGCUUUUAUCUUAAAUGACUCUAGCCUGAAUAAGUUAAUUAUCUGUGCUGCAAGAUGGAUAAGCUAAAAAAGUGCAAAUGUUUCUAAGUUGGAGAUUUUUUAGCUUCUCAUCACUUUAUUCCUAAAAUCGUAAAACAAAUAGUGCUUUGAAAGUGUAAGCACUUAGUAGAUCGGGCCCAUAAUAGAUUCUUUGGUUUUCUUCUUCUAAAAAAAUAGAUUAUUCUUUGAGUAAAGCCUAUAAAGGGUAUUAGAUAAGAAUAUACUUUUACAUAAUUCUAUUUGGUAAAUUUAAGUUUUCUUUCUGGCUCAAAAUAGCUGCUACACAGUGAUUAGUUAAUAUGGGUUUAAAUAAUCACUAAUUGCUGCAACAGGGUCAGUAAUUAAAGUGAAGUGUUCCGGUGGAAGACCCGUAUGACUAUUGGAGGAUUAUCCUCUGUAUGUUAUCCUUAGAGGCUGAUAUUUAAAAUCUGGUUUUGGUUAAGUUAAUAUACUGUUGUAGCAGAUGGAUUCUUUAAAUGCCAGGAUCCUAGCCGCAGUGUUUUUCUUAAAACAUGCAGUAGGCUUUUAGCAAUUGCUGUAGACAAAGCUCUGUUGCAAUUAGCAUUCUCACCACCUCAACUAGUUUCACCUGAUAUCAGUUUCUAAAAAGGCAGUCUGUUUUUCAGCUGGGGCAGAACUUUUCCUGUGCUUCACUCCAUGGUUGCACAUUUUAUGUUUUGUUUUAAAUUCCAAGUCCUAUGUUGUCAGUUACAAAGACAGGUUUAAGCUGACUGUUGGAAUGGCAAUUUUAAAGAAAAUGCUUCCUAAUAUUGGUUCCUGCAGAGUUUGCAUCAAACAGGUUUUGAAAUACAGUUGCAGCUAUUCUGUGUGCUCUAGCCUCUGCUUCCCGAAUACGGCUAAGGAAAGCCUUUAUCAGGUACGGAUGUUGGUUGGAAUUGCAAUUUUAAAGAAUUACUUCUAAUAUUGAUUCCUGUAGAGUCUGCAUCAAGCAGGGUUUGAAAUGCAGUUUGCAGAUAUUAUUUCUGCUCUAGCCUCUGCUUACCAAUUACGGCUAAGGAAGGCCUGGAUCAUGGUUAUUGUCUUAUGCAGACUGUAUAUCUAUGUAAUCAGUCUCGCUUCGGCCAAUAAAGCUGCCUAGGUUUGUUUGCCGUUUUUCUUUUAAGAAAGAGCUUAUGGCAAUUUCCACUUGAGAUUCUCUCAAUGUGCAAAAAGUUGCCAUCCAUAAAUUUGUUGAAUCUCUACAAUACUGCUUCCUCAGGGGCACCUAAUUAAUUUUUGUAAACCAGCCCCUAAAGGUUAGGGUGUUUUUCUACAGCAUACAGGUGGAUGCUAAUCAAUCUUCUGAUAGAGAAUUCCCUUUACAAGAAGUGUGCAGUUCUGGUGUUUGUCAAGGAACAGUUCAGGUGUAAAUAUUUUGACAAGUGUUUUUGACUCUCCGAGAAUGGUAAUUCCCCAAAGAAAAAACUUGUGGUCUCUGUCCUUAUCACCUGAAAUCACUCUUCUACUUCAGUAGACAAGAUACUAGGGAAAUAAUAUUGGUUCCCGUCUUGUAAGAACCUGCUUGGUCUCUUCAGCUUCUUUAGGCAUAGCACUGUUUACAGGUCCUUCAGAGGCCAGAUACAGUUGCUGAUAAGAUUUUUGCAGUAAAAUCCUAUACUUCGGUCAUUCCUUUCUGAACCAGGCAGAAAUAUAGGAUGCCAGAUGGUUCUUACUUUUUGUUCUAGUUCUCAAAUAGAUUGUUCAGAAUUUUAUGACUGAUGCUUCAGGUCUCAGCUAGGUUCUCAUAGGGUUGAAGGGAAAUUAGCUGAGAUUUUGAAAAAACUUAUCCAACUACAUAGGACCGAAGGCUAUCUGGCUAGCUCUCUUUGCCUUUCAGAUAAAGACCAGGUAUUAUCUUGUCCAGAUCUGGUCAGAUAGUUCUACAUCAGUAGCAAUUAUGUACAAACAAGGUCAUCUUGUUUUAAAAAUCUUGUUCCAGGAUAUGCUUGGGUUAGUUUUUCUUAGGUCUAUUCAUUUAUGCAUAGAACUUAAUAUAUCUUCACCCGAACGAUAGGAAGAAUUUGAUUAUCCAGUUAUGGAACUGGGACUUCUAGAUCAAACAGAUAGCAUGAAGUGUUUCAUUGGACAAGUUUGGACAGACCAGUAAGAUUUGGUUUCCUUUUCUAUCUUGGGAAUUCCAGUCUAACCUAUAGUUUCCUCCUGGUUCCCUAUUCCCCAAGAUCCUAUAGGAUGGAAAAGGUGAGAAUAAUAGUCUUUCUCCCUUGGUGGCAAGUAGCUGUGUCACCGGUCAUCUAAAAUUAUCCGGAGGAAUCUUUGGGGACCUUACCUGUAAAUAGGCAUCCUGGAAUUCUCAAGGGUACCUCUUCUCAACUUUGUAGUAAUUCAAGCUGACGACCUGGUUUAUGUAUACCAGAUACUGAAGGAUAGUGUUUUGUCUCAGGAAAUUAUUGACAAUUUCUUUUACUAUAAAUGGAUCUUGUUCUAAGAUUUAUUCCAAGUAUGGAAGGUGUGGUUUAAGAUAUUGGUUCAAAGAAAAGCAGGAAUCCGCUUCCAAGUUUUAACCCCUUUUUUUUUCUCUUCGGAUGGGCUUUGCGGAUGGUAUAAAGCCAGAGAUUCUCCGGGUCAAAUUUCGGUUUUCAGUUGAUUUUCAGAGGUUUGUCUCCAAAUCACCAGUAUCUGCUAGGCUCUUUUGUGGUUAGUUCCUAUAUUCCGCAGGGGAUCUUCUUUUGGGGUUUUUAACUCUGCUGAUUUGAGUCUUCACUCUAGGUCUUUGGGGGUAGUCGGACAAAAUAUUUUUGGAAGAACUUCAAGUUUCCAUUUACAGCAGGAGAAAGUGGAGUUAAGUUAGAUUCUUUAAUUCUUCCCAAUCUUCCAUCUAUCAUUAUUUUUCUAACUUUUCCCAACAGCCUUCUAGGGUCUUGGAGUUCUAAUUUCAAUUCCUGGGCAUUUAGUUCUCGUCUACGGUACCUUAAAGGUCUGCAUUCGUUUGGUUUUUUUCUUAUCUAUCACCGAUCUCCAUUGAAGCUCCUUCGAUCACAGUUAUGUUCAGAUCGGUUGCCUGACGGCUUCUGCUAUACAUUCUCUCAAAUUCCUAACGGCCACAAGGUGAUCUCUUCACUCAUUUUGGUCUGUUGACCUUGGAAGAUAAAACUUUGGUCGCAGGUUUUUUGCAGUGAGAUUUGAGUCCUGCCCUAAGGGAUUGCUUUUGGAUAUCCCAGUUGUAAAGCACUGCCUCUAAUCUGAAGGGAAAAACAAAAAUUUUUACUUACCGUAAAUGUCUUUUUCCAGAAGAUUAGAGGCAGUGCUCACUUCUCCCCCCAAUUUUUUAAUAGUCUGAAUGGUACGGUUAUUCGGCUUUUGUAAUUUCUGGGGAUGUCUUGCGUAGGAAGCAAUUUAUAAGGCCAAAGGUUAAUUGGGGGAGGUUCUUGAAAAGUUUGGGAGAUUGCCUGCCUGUUUUAUCCCUCCAUGUGAUGAAAUCCCAGUUGUAAAGCACUGCCUCUAAUCUUCUGGAAAAAGAAAUUUACAGUAAGUAAAAUGUUUUUGGUUUUUCUGUACCAAUAGGUAAUUAUAGCCAGGAUCAUCCUCUUAACACAAUAACUCUACUGUAAUCACAGUCGGCCGUGUAGGGCUCACUUUUUUGGUUUUGGUGACCAUGCUGUUCCAUGACUGCUUUUAGGUCAGUAGAUCCUCCCCUCAUAUUUCACGAGAUGAUAGUGGCAUUGUAUAAACGCUUAACUUAUGUUAUAUAUGUCUUGUACUAUAUUUUUUGUUUAUUUGAAAAUUAUUAUUAACCUGUUUUAAUUGGGGUAUCUAGAUAUGAUGACUAUCUGUGUGUAACAGAUUUGUGCCAAAUAUAAUCUUUAUUGUUAAUUAGUGUCAAUAUUCUUUAGUUUGUCCAAGGAUGGAAGAAGUCCACACACACUACGUCUGACUAUCCGUCAAUUUCACCCAAUUAAUAAAUGGUUCAACCGGGAAAGCAGACAGUGUACUAUUCCAAAUCAUGUCAUCCAGAAUAUGGGCACAGGUGAAGGAUUUUACAAGCUAAAAUUGAUUGUACUUUUUGUAUUGAAGCAUGUUAACCCCACUCAAUGCAUCUCACCCAAUCAAUGCAUCUCUAUGAGGAAAGUUCUGUGUCUCAGUACACAUUGAAUGGCAGCACUGCCCCAGGUAGCAUCUCCAGUAGCCAUCUAAGAAGUGGAUGUGUUCCUAGGCUGUAAGGUAAACACAGCGUUUACGUUAAAAAGCCAGCAGGGACUGACUAUACUUCCUAAAACAACUACAUUAAGCUGUAGUUGUUCUGGUGACUAUAGUUCCCUUUAAGGAAAGCAUGGUUGAGAUUGAAGUCUGAGUAUUAGUGAAUUUUAAAACCAGACUGACUGAGAAUGUAAGAGUGGUGGUCCUUUUUAUUCUCUGAGAACUUUACUGACCUUUUAUUAGACUUAGACACGUGUUAUUUACAGGAGCAGCUGUAAUUUUACUCAAUAGUAUAUAAAGCAUGUUUUAUUUAUUAAAACAUAUACACAAGAGCAAAGGCUGAAACUUUGAAUUAUAGAAUAUUUUUAAAUUAAAUAGCUCAACCUUUUUGGUAUUAAUUGAAUGCCCUGUGUGUAUUAUACUGUAUUAUACUGAUUUCCAUAUUGACCAUUGUCAGUUCUCUAAAUGUGUUUUGGAUUCUUGCACUUACUUUUGGCCAAACUCUGCUCUUGUGAUUAACUCGUUUUUAUAAUUAUUAUUGGCACUUAUAUAACUUAUUCCGCAGCGCAUUAUUCUAAAGGGGUUUUUUAACAAUAAUGAGACAAUUACAAAUUGUUAGAGGAACAAUGACUGAUGUGGGCCCUGCUAGAAAGAGAUUAUAAUCUUUUUAAUAGUAAAAUCAUACCACAAAUCAAUUUUAUUCUGUAUAUUUUAUUUAAUCGUCAUUUAGAGAAUAAGGAUGUUACCAGUCCUUUGAUGGAACUGCUCAUGAAAUUAUUUGAGAAGAUGAUUGAUGUGAAGAUGCCUUUCCACCUCACACUCAUAAAUGUUUGUUUUGCAAACCUCAAAGCUUCUAACACUUCCAGAAAUGCAAUUGGGUUUUAUUUAACUCAGAAAGCACAACCAAAAGACUCUCAAAGCAGAAAGGUAAGAUAAUACAUGAUUAAUUUGUAGUGUGACAUGGAAAUGAUUUAUGACCAAAUAGCAAUGCGGUCCUGGGGUCAAAAGAGAAUUGGCCUUGGAGAUGGUAUUUCGUAUAUUGUGAUGCGUAAAUAGAUUAUCACACCUACAGGCUUAGAAAUAACGUUUUGCUUCAAGAUGAGAAAAAAAAGUCUUUGGAAUUGCAAUGUAUUUCCUUAUCAUUUAUAUUUCACAAAUACAUAUGUCGGUUUAAAAAAAAAAAAUAAACGUAAAGGAACACUGGGGCACAAUAACAUCGUCAUCCAAACUAAGUUGUUACUUUGCCAGGAGGUCUUUGGCCACCUUUAUGGGUUACAUCAUUCGUGAACAUAUUUCUCCAUAAACCACAUAAUGGUACCAAACAUUAGUCAAAUGUUCUAAUUGUUUUUUUGUUUUUUUCCAGGAAACAGAUGUAGCCAUGGAUGGUCUUAAGAGCAACUCUGGAGUGGAACAAAUAACUCAUACAGUUUGUCACCUUACCAAGGAGAAGCCGUUCUCUCCAUCCCUACCUGAAGACAUUGACAUGGAUGUAUUUAGCCAACUGCCUGAGGAAAUUAGGAAUGAGAUUCUCUUGAGUCCCUCUACUUCAGGAGCUCAUAAGGGUAUCCAAACAUGUCAAUCACCCAAGACCUCUAAAGGCAUACUACAUUUCUUCAAUAAAGCAAAAGGAGGAAAUCCAUCUACAUGUAACGGAAUGGAUGUUGACAAGUCAGACCAUUCAAAGUCCAGUUACAUAUCCAGUGAAGCUUUUAAAUGCAGUGACUACUCAACCGGAGAGUCAUUGGGUGACAUUAUUCCCCUUUCGAAUGCCGGGACUUGUACCACGAGCUCUUACCUGCAGAAUAAGGAAACCAAUACAGAUGCUGGAGCAAACGUGGAUAAUAACGAAUCCGAUGUCAAACAGUCAGCAAUAUUGGUUCCUAAGAGCUUCGAUCAGAAUGUAUUCUCUGAACUACCAGCUGAUUUACAGAAAGAACUCCUGUCCGAGUGGAAACAGCAAAACCAUACUUCAAAAAUCCCAGUGAAGAAACAGCACGAAAAAGCAAAGGCAAAAAAGACACAAACGUCAAAACAGCCUAACAGUCUACUUAAAUAUUUCAAACCGAAUCAUUAGCACUACAAACUACUUUACAUUCAGUGAUGUUUUGAUAGAUAAUGUAAAUAAAUACUUGAAAUAUAUUAAAAAGUUAUUUUUUGUAAUUGUUCCAUUCCUGCAUGUAGCAUGAAACAUCUCUUGAGAUCCUAGUUACGGGGUCUUCCUUUCAUCUCAUUACAUUGAGAGUUAAAUUCUGUACAUAUAGCAUUCUAGUAGACAGAAUGGAAAC